CUUCUCUGCGCUAGGAAGCGUUACCGUGACAACCGUUUGUUUAUCUGCCCUGGAACUCUACAGCCAAGUGCUGCAAGUAACAUUGUAGACACAACAAAACACUUCGCUGUUGUUACAGCACUGCAAAUCCAAUCAGUGUGGUCAGGAUGUCCAGGCUGAUCGAACCUCCACCUAAAUUCCUACCCCACGAAUGGAAGCACGCCAACAACGUUCAUUGUGGGAAUGCAGAAUCAGAGCGAGCCCGCUCUGAGCGUCUCACUGUGGAGUCGCAGCGACUGAUGGAGAAGUGUGACAGGGCGACCAAACAUAUGCAAGAUCAGGCCAGUAAAAGAUUGGAACAGAGAAUCCAUGACAUCAAAUUCUGGAAACUGGAGCUGGACAAGAAGCUGAAUGAAGUGGUGAGCGAGACUGAGAACCUAAUCACCAGCAAGAGCAGAGUGCAGAGAGCCCUGGAGAGCUGCUUCGAGCCCUUGAAAGUCACCAUGCAGUGUCUUGCAGAGAGAGAGAAGCGGGUGGGUAUUGACCUGGUGCAUGAUGAGGUAGAGCAAGAGCUGAUGAAGGAGAAGGAGGUGAUCGAGGGUGUAACCACCCUCCUUCAGCGCACUCUGGAGCAGACCAAUGAGCAGAUCAGGCUCAACCGAUCAGCAAAGUAUUAUCUAGAGAAGGAUCUGCAAGGCAAAUUCCAGGCAGAGAAGAUUGAUGAUUUAUGCAGCAUCCUAACCAGCACCAAUCAAAAGAUUGACAGCAGAGCUGGAGUCUUGGAGACUGGUCCAGCAAGUAACACAGUGACACCGGACGAGUGGGAGGCAUUCUCUGACAUUAACAUCUGCAAAGCUGAGAGGGAGAGAACCAACUCGGUGUCUCUGCGGUCCCUGGUGGACAGCCUGCUGCAGCAGACAGCCACAGAUAUGUCCCUGCAGCAUGAGGCCACAGGUGCCGCUUUGGGGAUAAACGUGCAGAGGACCAAGAGUGCCAAAGCCCUACUGGAGGACCAUCUCAGCAAGGUAUUGGCUGAGUUGGCCAGCCAGGAGAGGAACCUGGAGGCCCUGCGUGUGAACAUGGCAGAUAAGGAGGGCCCUCUGAAAGUGGCUCAAGCUCGGCUCACAGCACGCAGCCUCAGGCCCGACGUGGAGCUGUGUCACGACUCGGCCCAAUCCCAGCUACUCACAGAGGUCCAGGAGCUCACCAGCCAAAUCAACAGCCUGCAGGAAGCCCUGUGGGAGGCCGAGAUGGAGCUCCGCGCGCUGGCCCGCAGCCAGCUGGCCCUGGAGGAGCAGAUCCAGGUCAAGGUCCAUUCCCUGUACAUCGACGAGGUCAUCUGCACCCAGCUGCGCCAGCCAAUCGUCAUUCACAACUUUUGAGGAGGGGAUUUAGGAGGAGCCAACUAAUAUCACAGUACACAUAAGCAAUGCUCAGGUUCUAUUUACAAAGAUGGGAAUUACUGCAAUAAAGCUGAAAGUUAUGCAUCAUGAAAUGUGGGGAGAAAGUCA